AUGAUAGUCUGCGCCUUUGCCCAGCCAAUGUGGCCACUAAGGGAUGUGCGCAUAAUGCCUGCUAACAUUCUGCCGUUCGCGCCAUCUCCAUUUAUACCCAUGAUUCCUCUACCUAGAAACCAAGAUGGCGCAUGGACAGGAAUUACACGAUUUGGUGGUCCAUUCUUUCCUGGUAAUACGCCCUCUAUGAGUGCUGGAACUCAGUGGUCAGACCAGUGGACAACGGGUCAGAAUGGUCAGCUUGGACUUAACGGGCAGAAUGGUCAGUUUGGACUAAACGGGCAGAAUGGUCAGUUCAGACUAAACGGUCAGAAUGAUCAGUUUGGACUAAACGAGCAGAAUGGUCAGUUCAGACUAAACGGUCAGAAUGAUCAGUUUGGACUAAACGGUCAGAAUGAUCAGUUUGGACUAAACGGGCAGAAUGGUCAGUUUGGACUUAACGGUCAGAAUAGUCAGUUACGUCGAAACAGUCAGAAUGGAGAGUGGAUUGACGGCUCAUCCAGUGGCCAAAAUUCAUGGGCCCUUGAUACACAGGGAAAUGCUAUCAACAAUGAUCUUACAACCGGAACCGGCGGUGAUCCAUGGGCAACAUACAAGCAACUUAACGCUGGAAUCGACAGCAAUACUUUGGCCCAAUCAGGAGCUAGGCUUUCUCAGCAAGUGCUCGGAGGUCAGCGGUUAAACAACCAACUCAGCACUGAGCAGUGGCCUGGAUUUCAGCAGAUAGGGGUGAACAAUAAUGGUUUUGGAAACGCUGUUCGACAGAACUCGUGGACUGGUUCCCAAAAUAUGAACUUUCCCGUUAUACCUAACGGUGGUCCAUUCUUUCCUGGUAAUACGCCCUCUAUGAGUGCUGGAACUCAGUGGUCAGACCAGUGGACAACGGGUCAGAAUGGUCAGUUUGGACUUAACGGUCAGAAUGGUCAGUUUGGACUAAACGGGCAGAAUGGUCAGUUCGGACUAAACGGUCAGAAUGAUCAGUUUGGACUUAACGGUCAGAAUGGUCAGUUUGGUCUAAACAGUCAGAAUGGACAGUGGAUUGAUGGCUCAUCCAGUGGCCUAAAUUCAUGGGCUCUUGAUACACAGGGAAAUGCUAUCAACAGUGAUCUUACAGCCGGUACCGGCAGCGAUCCAUGGGAAACAUUCAAGAAACUUAACGCUGGAAUCGGCGGCAAUACUUUGGCCCAAUCUCGAGAUGGGCUUUCUCAGCAGGUGCUCGGAGGUCAGGGGUUCAACAACCAGCUCAGCACUGAGCAAUGGCCUGGAUUUCAGCAGAUGGGGAUGAACAAUAAUGGUUUUGGAAAUGCUGUUCGACAGAGCUCGUGGACUGGUUCCCAAAAUAUGAACUUCCCCGUUAUACCAAACCGUCAUCAGACAGGAUCUUUAAACCAGAGGUUAGGGACCGGCCUUGUUAACAAUGGAAUUUCAAACAAUCAGGCUACUUGGUGGAAAAGAUAG